ACUUGUCUAGUUUACCCUCCCUCCCUCUUCAGAGUUUGGUUCAGAGGAAGUCAUGGAGAGCAUCUAUCAUUUCAGCCAUCGACAUCCUUUGGUGCUUGUGGAUCAAGAGCCGGAGGGUUAUUGUUCUGGAUGCGAGGAAGAAUUAGAGGGUUCCAGCUACGGUUGUGGUGAGUGUGGGUUUUUCCUUCAUAAGAAAUGUGCUGAGCUACAAAGGGAGAUCACUAAUCACCCCCUCCACUCCGAUCACCCUCUCAUUCUUCGUUGGAGACCUUAUCCUACUGCUUUCUGUAAUGUUUGCUGGAAAAGAAUUAGAAUUUCUUAUCGAUGCAAUUCUUGUGAUUUUGAACUUGACCUUACAUGUGCUAUGCAUCCUCAAUUUGUUGCCCAAGAGUUUCAAAAGCUUCAACAUUUUAGCCACCAUCAUCCAUUAAUGUUUGUUGAAGAUAUUGAAUUUCAAACCAAACAUAAAGUCUGUGCAGGAUGUAGGGAACCCAUGUACAAGUCAAGUCCAUUCUACUGUUGUCCCAAUUGCAUAUUUCACCUUCACAAGAAAUGUGCAGAGUUGCCUCUUAAGAUCAAUCACUCUGCCGACCGGAAACACCCUCUCCUGCUUUUGGCCAAACCCUCACCACAUCAAGAGAAAUGUUCUUGUCAUUUGUGCACCAAGUCUUAUGAGGGAUUUGUUUAUUAUUGUUCUGUUUGUGAGUUUGGUUUCAAAGCUGCGGAUGCCUUUUUGCAAACAAUUACAGCUGAAAUUCAUGAACAUUCGUUGACCCCCUUUUCAGGCACAAUUUCAUUCGUUUGUAAUGCAUGUGGAACUGAUGGAAAUCAUGUUUGCUUUACCUGUGUUGAAUGCAACCUUAUUUUUCAUUCAGAUUGUACUUCACUUCGCCGCACCAUCAAAAUAAUAAGGCAUCCACAUCGACUUUCUCACAUAUAUUUCUUUCAAGAUGAGGAAGCUGGAAAACGUGAAUGCAAUAUCUGUCAUGAUGACAUAAAUCUGGGAUAUGGGAGUUACUGCUGUUCAGAUUGCAAAUAUUUUGCUCAUGUAAAUUGUGCAAUUGAUGAAGAUCUUUUGGAAGAUGAAGAGUCCAAACUAUCAGAUGACUUGAUUGCUAUCUCUCCUGCUUUUCAGCAAAUCAAACCUGGAGAGAUAAAGCAUUUCAGCCAUAAACACAACUUAAUAUUGGGUGAUGAUGGGGUUGAGGAUGGCCAAAGUUGUGAAGGUUGCAUGCGUUCCAUCUCUACUUCAUUUUACUAUUGUGCACAAUGUAAUUUCUUUCUCUGCAACUGCUGUGUUCAUAAAUUACCCAAGAAGGGCGGGAUUAUGUGCAUUCGGUGUCAUGAAAUUCUCGACACUCGUAUUGUAAAUAUAGAAGGACAGGAGCACUUCCUUUUCUUUGACCACAAAUACGACGGGAAAUGUAAUGGUUGUGAUGAUUAUCGUUAUCGACGCAGUUUUAGAUGCAAGGACAAGAAAUGCAAUUUUGCGUUGGAUUAUAGAUGCCUUGUGCUGCCAGAAACAGCUCGGUAUAAAUAUGACUAUCAUGCUCUCAGGCUUACUUAUCGUGAUGAUCAUGAUCUAAGUCAAUGUUAUUGUGACAUAUGUGAAGAAAAGAGAGAUCCGAAGCAGUGGUUUUAUCAUUGUGCUGAUUGCGAUGUUUCUGCUCAUCCUAAUUGUGUGCUUUGGGAAUCCCCAUUUGUCAAGCUCGAGAAACCAUUCUGGAUUGAUGAUCACGAACACCCUGUCACUUUGGUGAAGAUACAUUUUUAUCCUCCUAGAUGCAACGACUGUGGUGAGCCUUGUAGAGAUGUUCUAUCCAUUCAAUGCACAGAGCCAGAUUGCACCUACAUAUUCCACUGGGGCUGCUACUGGAAUCGUGAAUAUUCUUCGGUUUGGUGUCUUCUACAUAGAGACUAAAUAGCUAACAUUGGUAUUGUUCUUCUGAUAUUAAUUAUGUCUCUUAUGAAGGUAGACGAAAAUGAGAUAUCUCAUUUGCACUUUAUUUUGUUUUCGACUGACUUUUUAAGUUUAGUUUGAUCUUCUAGCUGUUGGCUAAUGUGGUCGGACUGUAAUUUUUUGUUUCUACCAAAUAUGUGAUAUGACUAUUGUUUGAAUUUUGAAUGUAUUGCUUUAAAUAGUUGUUUUUUCUUAUCAAUAAUUUGGUUGUCUUUGUACUUCAAAUACAGAAAAAUAUUUCUU